AUGGUGAAGAACGGGUCGCAAUUCCACAUGGCGAUGGACGUCAAGGACACCAAGACGCCCUGGGCCGACGUCACGGACAAGAUCCUGAGCUACGACCCCGACACGAAGAACGUCACCAAGUUGCAAGUGUACGCGCCAGGCUGGAAGCAGGGCCACGGCACCUAUGCUCACAACUACUGGGAGGAGAUCCUCGUCGUCUCGGGCAAGAUUUACGACCACACGAUUGAGCGCUGGGUGGGCCCGGGCGAGUACGCGUGCCGUCCGCCGGGACAGAAGCACGGGCCGUUCGAGUGCGGCCCGGACGAGGGGGCGGUCGUGCUCCUCGUCAACACGUCGAGCUGGCCCAAGGAGUAG